AUGACAAGGCUAGGAUCGGUCAUUCUAGCGCUGCCCCUUCUAGCAGCAGCACAGAGCUAUAACCUCUCGGCUCUCUUCCAAUCCGUCCUAUCUCCUGGUGCAGAGAUAUAUUAUGCUAAUGACAGUAAUUGGGCGCAAGACGUCACCCAGAGAUGGUCCACGUGGAAUGCGCCCUCAUAUAUGGGCGCUAUCAAGCCAGUUACUGAGCGAGAUGUCCAGAAUAUAGUUAAAGUUGCGUCUGCUCACAACAUCUCUUUCCUCGCUACCGGUGGUGGCCACGGCGUCUCACAAGGCUUCGCCAACAUCCAAAAUGCGAUUGAUAUUGACUUGAGCAACUUCAAGACAGUCGAUCUGGAUAUCGAAAAGAAUCAGGUCACAGUUGGCGGUGGCGCGACUUAUGGCCAACUUUAUGAUCCUCUGUAUAAUGCUGGAAAGGAGAUCCCGACUGGUAACGCACCAUGUGUAGGUGUGAUUGGUGCCACUGUUGGCGCCGGCGUAGGAUUACUCCAGGGAUUGCAUGGCUAUACCUCCGACGCAUUGAUUUCAGCUCGAAUUGUCACCGCAUCUGGAGUACUGUUCGAGGCGUCCGCCACAAACAACACGGAACUUUUCUGGGCUAUUCGCGGUGCUGGUGCAAAUUUUGGAAUCAUUACCUCGGCGACAUACCGGGUUUAUGAUGCGACGAAUGCUGGACAGGCACAAAAUGCAGAUUUUCUCUAUCCUGAGACCGCGAAUCGAUCGGUUUGGGGCAGUCUCCAAACUUUGGAUGAAACGCUUCCAGCCGAGUUAUCGGUCACUAUCUCAUCUACGUAUAACCAAACAUCCGGACAGGCUGCCAUCAAUGUGAAUCUCGUGUAUUUUGGGUCAUAUGAUGACUUCCAACCUUAUGUUGACCAAUUCCUUGCAAUCAACCCAACUCAAUGGCAAAAUGUCACUGUUCCAUGGAAUCAAUUGAUAGGAGCAGCGAAUUUCGGAACACCGUCAAGAGGCUGUGAGACAAAUUCACAUAUCAACUUUUUCAGUAUUGCCUUGAACCAAACUGAUCCUUUGACGUUCCAAGGAUUCUUUGAUGAUCUUAUUCUUUUCUCUCAACAAAAUCCUUCGUACAAUGGAGCGUGGGUCAUUGAACGGUAUGGCACGCAAGGGCCAUUGGCGAUUCCUGAAGAAAGCCGAGGUGUGUACCCCUGGCGCGAGGCGAAGAUGCAACUACUCUGGGAAAGUGACUACCCCGACUCCUCUUUAGACGGUACCGUGCGCGCCUUCUAUACUCAACAACGUCAACAUUUCAAUGAAUUCAGUGGCUUCCCAACAUUUGCUGCGUACAUCAACUACGCCCAUGGUGAUGAAGGUCCGAAUGUCUGGUACGGUGACGCCGAUAAUCUCGCCCGAUUGAGCGCAGCCAAACGAAAAUGGGAUUCAAACAAUCUUUUCGGGGCAGCUAAGCCUGUGCCAUUGUGA